AUGAGGUCAGCGGUCAGAAAUUCUUGGACAGAAUGUCAGUUCUGCAAAAACAGAAGAGCAAAACCUGAAAUUCCAGAGAUGGCCCCGCUGCCAGAAUCCCGACUAGGUUCGUUCGUAAGACCUUUCACUACGACCGGUAUGGACUAUUUUGGACCUAUGCAAGUUUCAAUUGGCCGUAGACGCGAAAAGAGAUAUGGGGUACUCUUCACUUGCAUGAGCACCCGUGCAGUUCAUCUGGAAAUAGCUCAUUCUUUGACCACAGAUUCGGCGAUAAUGGCAAUCAGAAGAUUAAUCGGUCGAAGAGGAUGCCCCAAGAGAAUAUUUUCAGAUAAUGGCACAAAUCUACGAGGAGCAGAACGAGAGCUGAAAAAUGCAAUAGAAAAUUUUGACCAAAACAGAAUGACAUCAAGCAUGACAACAAAUAAUAUUGAAUUUAACUUCAUUCCUCCUUCUGCUCCUCACAUGGGUGGCAGCUGGGAGCGUUUAGUUAAAUCGAUAAAGAUAACACUGAGUAUCAUCUUAAAAGAUAAAUCUCCACAAGAAGAAGUUUUACAAACUUUAUUGAUUGAAGCGGAAAGUUUAGUGAAUAGUCGGCCUUUAGUUCACGUUUCACUGGACAAUGCAGAUAGUGAAGCACUCACACCGAACCAUUUUUUGAUAGGUACUUCCAGCGCAGCCCAGAUCCCAGGAAAAUUUGACGAGAAUGAUUUAGUCACAAGAAAACAGUGGAAAAAAUCACAACUUUUGGCUGAUCAUUUCUGGCGACGCUGGAUCAAGGAAUAUCUUCCUGUCCUAACAAAAAGAACGAAGUGGUUUUCAUCUUCUAAACGAAAAAUUGGUAUUGGCGAUGUAGUCAUCAUUAUCGACUCGCAAUUUUCGAGAAACACAUGGCCUAAAGGUAUUGUCACUGCAGUAUAUCCCGGUGCAGAUGGAAACAUUAGAGUGGUCGAUGUUAAAACAACUAUUGGAACCUACAGACGACCUCUCACCAAAUUAUGUUUACUUGAUCUGGAAGGAAAUUAUGAAAAGAAGUAA